CCGUCAUUCGUCUGUUGAUGGCCGCGGGCUCACCGGGUAGUUGUCCGUCGCCGCGUUUUGUGUUUACUUCUCGUUUUUUCAAAAAAUUUCCAAUCGCCGGAAGGUUUUAGUUGAAAUUUAGGUGAAAUUUCAUUAUUGAAAAAGUAUUGUUCGUGAUACUGAUGCGCUAAGUUUACAAUGUGGUCGAGCGAGAUACAUCUUACGUUGAAAAAUGUAAUGGAAAUCCAGCAUUCGGAGCUGUCGGAGCGACACACCAACAUUCGUGACAGCUCCCAAGAUGAAGCGGAAGAAUUGCCUCGAAGAACCAUUGGUGGUUUCCUGAAAGAAGGCUCGCUGGGAUGGGUGGCUAGUGGGUCACUAUUUACGGUGUUGAGUACCAAAACUGGUGCCAAGUUGAUGUCCCAUAGCUUCGACCAAGAUUCAAAAACUCGGAAUAGUGUAAUAUGCAGUGUACAAGAAAUGCCCCUUGAGGAAACCAACUGCUGCAUAGUUGCGGUGGGUAUUCAACUGGAAGACGAUACCGGCAUCGUAGUGGUUCUAGCAGUGCAAGGAUCACGCAUACUGGGGCGCAUCGAUGUAAAUGAAAAGCUGGCCUGCUUACAGUCAAUUAGUAGACAAUCCUACAGCAGGGGUCGAAUAGCAAAGUUCAGUGGAUGCCUGGUGGUUGGAACUGCCAGUGGGAAAGUUCUGCUUAUAGAUGCUUGUCUCAAGUUUGAAGACAAUUCAAUAUUUGGGCGACGCCUAAUGAUGAACAAGUUGGAAAAAAAUCAAUGCCAUGUCGAGUUUUCCAGCACUGAUCCUGAACAGAUUGCAGCGAGCCACGAGUUGGUUAAAAAAAGGAACAUCUAUUUCGGUUUGCAGUUGGAUCCAUUGGAAGAAGAAGGGAGUCCCAUCAUCAGCAUUCUCGAUCUUCCUGCUUUGAUGGCGAUGGCAGUCGGGUACGCCGACGGCCGGAUGGUUAUCUAUGAUCUACAGGAAUUAUGUGUGAUUUAUGUUGCGCAACCUCCAGUGGAGGAUUCUCCGGUAAUCAGCAUGAACCUAGUAGAACCAACGAACGAUCCAAAGGCUUGUGUGUACAUUUGGGCAUUUCACGCUGGAGAGGAAGGAGCAUUCGCUAUCAUGCACACAUUAAUGUACGAGGAGAAAUAUGUUGAGCCCCAAGGGCACGUUUACGAAGGAUUUAUUUCGUGCGGUCCUCGUUUGACGAUAUCAAGUGAAGAUCCAGGAAGCUUUCCUCUCAGUGUGCAAUCCAUAAUGAAAACUGUAAGCCAGGAGGAAGAGGUGCUCACACUGUGCGUAUUGAGCUGGAUUGGUUCAAAUAAUGCCACCAAUAUUAUUGUGUUUGACCUGAACCAAUGGUACAAGGCGGAAAUGCCACAUAUUUGUGAUUAUCGUCGAGAUCUAAACCAUACGGUUGUGUUUAGUGUGAAGGAUUAUUCAGUGAAUGUCUGUCUGGUAACGGAUUCGCUUGUUCCGUUUAAUUCUAUCCAACGACCGGAAGAGCACUUCUACCCAAAUUCAUUAAGCUUCGACAUAAUGACGCUGAGUAAUGAUAAUUGUGCCAAAUACCAUUGGGCCGGACUGCAGAAUAAAAUAAUCGAGUAUUUCGAAAAGAGCGGAUCUGCCUGUGUUAUGGAUCCAGGCAAAAUCUAUACUGUCAUGCUACGAGCGGCUUUGAUGCCCCAGUUCGCCGAGUACAAUUACUGUUCGGAAACGCCGUUGGACAUGCAGCGAGAGUAUUUGCUGUCAGUGGCAUUGGAAUACAAUUGCUACUCGCUGUUGCAUGAAUGUGCGCUCAGUUGGGCCGACGGUAGUCACCUUGGCCAAGAACCAGAAGAAGGAGUUUCGCUCUCCACCCUUACUAAUUGGAUCUGGAGUCGCGCCAAGGCACUCAAGGAUCUAAGCAAUAACAUGUGCGUCCCGCUGUUCGAUCUUUCGGGGAGGCGAAUAGACUGCGGUACUCAGAAAACACUGCUCCUCUGUUCACGACAAUUGCGACAACUUUCUAAGCUUUAUGAUUUAAUUUUCACACAAUGCAAGCAAUAUAUUCCGGAAAAAGUUUUUAGAAGCCUUAAAUCGCAGGCUAACUCUGUUCAACUGGCAGCCGAUUAUCAAGAUGUGGUUCAAUGGUUAUUGAAUGUUGGGCUUCUGCCAGAGGGAAACAUCGAUGGGGUAAAUCUGUCUGAUGAGUUCUUGUUGGUACCGUUUCCUUAUCAAGCGAUACGGUCGUACUACGCCUCACAAAGGACCAUGCUCAACGAGAAGCCAGCGGAGGGCAAACAUCCCGCGAGCGUGGAAGACAUUAGUUGUAAAUAUCUGUUCAUUGAUAAUUUCAUCGAACGGGAAUUUCCGAACGAAGCACUGAGGAGAAUGUGGAUAGAGCAUAAUUCGACCGGCGUAUAUCCUCCGAAUUCGAUGCAGAACCUUCUUCGAGCUGUGCUGGUUCCGAACGUCCGAACUGAUGUGAAAUACGUUUUACUUUGCUAUACGUUUAUGGAUAUGACUGCUGUGUUGGGGGAAGGAAGAUACAGUGGUAUCGUCCAGAAUUUGAUUAAAUUCCCUACGGUGUUCAAAUUAAGCUCAGCGUUGAUAAAGCGCACUCAAGCAUUCUGGUUUCUGGAUCAUGGUCACAUCGAUGGUGCCAUCGAGGAACUGUUGUCUCCGAUGUCACAAAGUGAACAAUUUCCUCACUGGCAACGAGAGUUUCUCAUCUCUGCUUUACUGCGAUACGACUCUCCGCAUUUGGCGCUACGUGCAUUGCGAGUACCUGGAAUGCCGAUCUCGUCAUUUCUUGAGCUUAGAACUUUGCUGGAGAACAAUCUCAUCUCGGAAGCAUUCAAACUUCAACGUUCCAAACACGAUAAAAAAUUACUGAAAUGCUUUUUUGAAGGCACUCUACGUUCAUUAAAAUACGAGGUUUUGCUCGAUUUGGCUAUGUCGGACGAAGAAAUUCGUACUCUGAGGGAAUACUUGACCUCAACUCGCCAGCCCAUGGCCGACAAUGUACAUUUCAUUCAUCUGCUGCAGAAGUUGGACUUCGUCGAGGCGGUACACAUGGUUGAUAGGCUGGGCAGAAAACGUUCUACGGAGUACAAUUUGGAAGCACCAAAAGAAGCUCUCACUCUAUACCAUGCAGCUCUGGAACCGACGACCCAACAUUUGUCCUAUCUGGCAUAUGCCGAGCAAAAAGAUCUCCGCCCAAUGAAAGCUCCCUCCGCUGAACCACUGAGCUCCCGAUUGAUACGAAGUCGAGCCGACUUCCGCAAUCAAGUUUACCAUAAAUCCAUCGUAGCGAUCAAGGAAGCUGCUGCUCCUUUGGAACAUACACAACCAUUCCUAGAAAAACCAGGUCUAGGGAUGUUCCAGUUCCAUGCACAAACUAAAAGUAGUAACGUGUGCUACCCAAUAAGACUCGAUGUGAAAGUUUCUAAGAGAAAGUUGGAUGAAGACAAUAUUCCCGGGAAAAAAGAAAGAGCUGCUGAAAUUUUUGUUGAUUAUGAGAAACCUACCAAACGACGCAAAAUGGAAUCAGACAACCAAUACAAUACUUCGUUUGUAGCGCCGAAAAGCGUGCUUACGGAAUUCAGACCCAUGAAACCUUGGUUCAAGUUCAGCAGCGGCAAUUCAGAGAACUCUUCCACUAAAUCGUUCAGUCGUUCACCGUCAGCACAUUUAACGACUCCGAUUGUUCAAAAGAUGUCUACGUACAAUCCACCUUCACCAGAAAGCGUAAGUUCCUACACGCCGCAUGGUAUUCUAAAAUCUACCGCCUCGGUUCAAAGUUUCUUCAACCGGAAAAGCGUUUCCCCUACACCCAUCAGUCUACCUUCAACGCAUCGUAUAAGUGAUGCCGAAGAGAAGAUUCUAAGGUUUGACCUUCCGGAGUCACCACAAGUGGAGAAAGCAGAGCCGAGCUUUACCGCCUCUCCUCAACUUCAAAAUGACUCCAUGGUUUCAAACGAUGAGUUCUUCUCGCCAGAAGUUUCGGUAGCUACACUCGAUGAUGAAACCUGUUUGGACAUAAAGAAUAGCCUCUCCGCAGGACCGAAAGGCCGUCGUUCGAUUCACAGUCGAUCGCGUUCCGUAACUCCCGUUGAGAACAAUAUCGCCAUUAUCAUUGAAGAUGUUGACGAUGACUCUUCCAGUAAACAGGCCGAUAGUCAGUUAGAUGAAUCCAUGGAGUCUGCAGAGAUGGGCCCGGAUGAACUCCCAAUUGCACCAUCGCCUCCGAUUUUGCAUACGGUAUCCAUGGCGGGAAAAUCUUUGGAACGAAUGGUACUAGAGGCGAACGCCCGGAGAGCGCUUGUCGCAGAAUUGGAAGCAGGAGCAACCGAAGUCGCCGAAACUGCAGCAGAAAUGGUUGUUGAGAUGGAAACAGAUUCACAAGAGCCAGAAGAUAAAGAAGAGGUGUCACGUGAUGAACCAGUGCUAAAUGAAUCCAUUAGUAGAAGGGAUCCGGGAGAGGAGACAUGUAUUGUUAAAUCAGCAGUAAAUGUGGAAGCCGUAGAAAAUUUUGCUCCUGAAACAGAGCAGGGUGUGGUGAUUCCAGUGUUGGAUAGUAAGCCGGCCGUUAUAUUGGAUGAAGACGAUGAUGAUGACGUACAGGAAGUAAUCGCGGAACAAGAUGAACAAAACGAGUCCAGUGAAGAGUUGCAAGACGAAGAGGAAGAUGAGAUUGAUCUCAUUGUAGAAGAAGCAUCCGCUGAGGAGGAUGUAGAAAUGGAAUCCGACGUAGACGAAAUUCAGGAAGAUGAUGAUGUUAGCAGCAGUGAGGAAUCUGAUAGCUCGGGAGUAGAGGAAGUGAUUAAUAUUUCAAGUGGAUCAGAGAGUGAUGACAAUAGAAAUGCCAAUAUCGACACUGACGGCGAAUCAUCAUCGCCAUCGUCAUCGUCGUCUUCGGAUGGGAAGGGAGAUGACAUUGCAGAGCAGCAGGCUGCCAGCGAUGAUCAUGGUGUUGUGGUUGAACCAGCGUACCCCGAUUUACAGUCAUCAGCAGAUAAUAGACAGGUUGCAGAUUUCUAUUCCGAUACAGUUCCAGAACAUUUGAUGGAUCAAGGAGUGGUGAAAAAUGAAGAUUCAAGCGAUGUUCAGGUUUCAACUACUACAUCAUCCACUUCCCAUACGGAUAGCGAACCGAAAGCUCAAGAACAGCCUCCGCAAGGAGAAGCAUCUGUUCAGAACAGUGAUGAUGAGGAAAAUGACAGCAACAAAGGCCAUCAAGCGGAGGAUUUAUCCGUACAGCAAGAAGCUGUCGAAGAAGUCGAAGUACGGGAACCAGCACCAGAAUCUUCAACAGGUAGGGCUAGGGAUCUAUCCGUUCCGGCUGGUAAUGAACGGCAGGAUCAAUCCGCAACUGGUGCCGACAUCAAGUUAGUAUCUCCCAAUAGGGACGAGCCAUUAAGGCACACAAAAGAAGAUAAGUUCCUUGGACCACCGAAAAAUGCUCAUGAGGUAGAAGUUCCUGCCAUGAAUCUCUCCGUAAAGCCCGAUGUUGCUCAUGAAGCCAACCGAAAAAAUAGUAAGAGCGAUGAGAGUGAUGAUUCAGCGGCACUAAAUUUAUCUACCGGACAGUCCGUCGAACGCCUGCAUCCCGAUGAAGAGAUAUCCGAAUCCGAAGGAGCUGAUGUGGAAGAACCGAUUAUAAGGGAAGCACCAAUCGGUAGUCAGUCUCUGCACCUUGCUGCAAAUGUUGAAGAUCCUAUGGAGGGUACCAGUUCUAGCAUGAUGCCGACUAAGUCUGGUAAAGAGCGCUCAGUGCCGGAUAAUGCACUUGAACCACCCACUACUAAUGAAACCCACAAUGUUCCCAAGGAAACCAUAAAAACUGAAAUAGACGCUGAUGUGUCGCCGGCAGUCGCUGACAGCAUCUCAAAACAGUUGAACGAACCAACAAAUACUGAAAUCAGCACUCCAGUCAAAAAGUCAAGAAGAAUUUCUACCGGAAAUGCAGAAAUAUCAACGCCUCGUAGCACAAUCAAGACGCGACGAAUGUCUGCUGCGGAACAACUCGAAGAUACUCCAACGAAGCGUAUCACCAGAGCAUCAUCGCUUGCUCCCGAAGGGAGAUCGCCCGAAACUCCCUUAGCAAAAUCCAAAAAGCAUUCCUCGAUGGCAAACAUUGCAACACCUGAUAUGGCACUCACACCUAGGCGAGCUACGAGGGCGUCCUCCUUGGUGAAGGAACUGCUAACAAGCACUCCUUCUCGUCGAACUCGUCGCACAUCGGAAACCGAUUCAACGGAGUCUAAAAAUGUGUCGCCCGACGUAGCAAACGAUAGCAUUGUGGACGAUAACAGGUCGGAAAUCUCCAACGCCAGCACUGGUAGCCGUAGAAGCACUCGUCGGUCGAUCACGGCAAGGAAACUGCCACUUGCUCUACAACCAACAAUAUCCGAGGAGGCGACCGACAUUGCUUCUCCGAAACCUUCGAAAUCUUCCUCUAAUAAAGUGGAUGAAGAAUCGUUUGCAGAGUACUCGACGAAUCGGCGCCUCACUCGCCACCAAUCGGCCAUCAUAGAGAAAUCACUGGACAUGGUUCGUAAAUUGAACACUUCCGCUGAAGACGCGGGCUAUUCGAUGUCACAGGAAGAAGCGGACAGUGAGUCAGAAUCUGUCGUUUCGAACGCGAGUCAUGCAUCGAAGAGAUCUUCGCGUUCCAAAAUCAGUCAUCAAUCGAAGGGUAAAUCAACGACCAGUGAUCGUGGUAAGGCAAAGCCGACUGCCAGUGGCAGAUCUACGAGAUCGUCGGGUUCGAAACGUGAAACCAGCGAUGCCGACAGUGUGGAUACGGAUGUUGCGGAUAGCCCUGCUAAGAAAUCGAAAUUGGAACCGAUAGCGGAAGAAGACGAUGAGUCUCACACGAAAGGUCGACGCAGAGGUCGACCAAGAAAGGUUUGAAUACUAAUACACACGGCUUUUGAUGGCAUGUCGACCAACAAUCGAUACAUUGUUUUCUUACAUAAUUAGAUCCUUUUUGUUAGAAUCAACAUGUUGUUUAUGUGGUAUUCAUUGUGUAUUAGUCCUAGAUUAUAUGCGAUUUAAUGAAAUA